CCCGCGCUUCCUGCCUUAAAGUCGGCCGCGCCGGGCGCCCGCGCCAGCUCGCUCGCUCUCGGUGGUGCCAUGGCGGCCUUCAGCAAGUACCUGACGGCGCGGAACUCCUCUCUGGCGGGGGCCGCGCUGCUGCUGCUCUGCCUGCUCCACAGGCGGCACCGCGCCCUCGGCCUGCACCGUAAGAAAAGUGGAAAACCACCAUUACAGAACAAUGAGAAAGAAGGGAAAAAAGAGCGAGCUGUGGUGGACAGUGUGCUUUUGUCAAGGCUCUCACAGAUCCUGAAAAUCAUGGUCCCUAGAACAUUCUGUAAAGAGACAGGAUAUUUGAUACUGAUUGCUGCCAUGCUUGUGUCUCGGACAUACUGUGAUGUGUGGAUGAUCCAGAACGGAACACUCAUUGAAAGUUGUAUCAUUGGUCGUAGCAGUAAAGAUUUCAAGAGGUACUUAUUCAACUUCAUCGCUGCCAUGCCUCUCAUCUCCCUGGUCAACAACUUCCUCAAGUAUGGGCUAAACGAGCUCAAGCUCUGCUUCCGAGUGAGGCUUACCAGACACCUCUACGAUGAGUACCUCAAAGCGUUCACAUAUUAUAAGAUGGGAAAUCUGGACAACAGAAUCGCCAACCCAGACCAGCUGCUUACACAAGAUGUAGAGAAGUUUUGUAACAGUGUAGUUGACCUGUACUCAAAUCUUAGCAAGCCAUUUUUAGAUAUAGUUUUGUAUAUUUUCAAGUUAACAAGUGCAAUUGGCGCUCAGGGACCAGCAUGUAUGAUGGCCUACCUGCUGGUUUCUGGGCUAUUCCUGACUCGACUUCGAAGACCCAUUGGGAAGAUGACAGACGAGCAAAAGUAUGAAGGUGAAUACAGAUAUGUCAAUGCCCGGCUUAUCACAAACAGUGAAGAAAUUGCCUUUUACAAUGGGAAUAAAAGAGAAAAGCAGACAAUCCACUCAGUCUUCCGAAAACUGGUGGAGCACCUACAUAAUUUCAUUUUCUUUCGGUUUUCUAUGGGCUUCGUUGAUAACAUAAUUGCCAAAUACAUUGCCACUGUGGUCGGUUACCUGGUGGUCAGCCGCCCUUUCCUAGAUCUGACUCACCCUCGACAUGUCAGGAGCACACAUUCGGAGCUUCUGGAGGACUACUACCAAAGCGGGCGGAUGCUUCUGCGGAUGUCUCAAGCGCUGGGCCGCAUUGUCCUGGCUGGGCGCGAGAUGACUAGACUGGCCGGUUUUACUGCCCGGAUCACAGAGUUAAUGCAAGUACUGAAGGAUUUAAAUCAUGGCAAAUACGAGCGCACGAUGGUGUCACAGCAGGAAAGGGGUCCUGAAGGAGUGCAGCUCAGUCCCUUGAUACCUGGUGCUGGAGAAAUCAUCAAUGCAGACAAUGUUAUAAAGUUUGAUCAUGUUAUUUUAGCAACACCAAAUGGAGAUAUCUUGAUCCAGGAUCUUAAUUUUGAAGUUCGAUCUGGGGCCAAUGUACUCAUUUGUGGCCCAAAUGGCUGCGGAAAGAGUUCACUGUUCCGUGUUCUCGGUGAAUUAUGGCCUCUUUUUGGAGGGCGUCUUACUAAACCUGAGAGGGGAAAGUUGUUUUAUGUUCCUCAGAGACCUUACAUGACCCUUGGAACUCUUCGAGACCAAGUGAUAUAUCCAGAUGGAAGGGAAGAUCAGAAGAAGAAGGGUAUCUCCGACCAGGUACUGAAGGAGUACUUGGACAACGUGCAGUUGGGUCAUAUCUUAGAACGGGAAGGAGGCUGGGACAGUGUUCAGGACUGGAUGGAUGUGCUCAGCGGAGGAGAGAAGCAAAGAAUGGCUAUGGCAAGGUUGUUUUAUCAUAAGCCCCAGUUUGCCAUUUUGGAUGAGUGCACAAGUGCCGUCAGCGUGGACGUGGAGGACUACAUUUACAGCCACUGUCGGAAGGUUGGGAUCACCCUGUUCACUGUGUCACAUAGAAAGUCUCUCUGGAAACACCACGAGUUCUACCUGCACAUGGACGGCAGAGGUAACUAUGAAUUCAAAGAAAUCACAGAUGACACUGUUGAGUUCGGCUCCUAGAGACAUCCAGAGAACUGCACCUUCUUCAAUGAGAUAAAUCCUUACAGAACACUUAGAAACACAGCGUGCAUUGUGGAAUAAAGUUCAGCUUGUUUUUUUAAAAAACAAAGCAACAAAUUAACUAGAUAUAGAAUAAUCGAGAACAUGUUAAAACAUUUAAUAUGAUGUAGAAUAUUGCUAAUUGUGUAUAUGUUGGUUUAAUUUUUAAUAUGUGCUAAUAAUGUCCUUAUUCUUGUGGUUAAAAACCUGCCUAAAUUCAAUUGGGCUUAAGUCAGCGUGACCUGAUUCAUCCUGGAUGUAAAGCAUGUGAAGUCAGCUAAUUUGACUUUUCCUUCGAUGAGAAACCCUCCUUAAAAUGGGGGUCAUCACUUGUCCUAGUCACAGCAGUCUUGAGUUCAUUUUCUUGUGCCAUGGUCGUGGGAAUGACACACAUCACAAUGCGUUACUGAACCGCACAGCGUGACCGCACAGCUUGUACUGAAAGUUGUCACACAGUGGCAGAUUUCUGAGCCGUCACCGCCAUGCUCAUUCUUCAUUAUGCCUUGUGGUAUGUUGAUGCCACGAGAGCCAUCGGGUUUUCUCCAGGUGAGAACCAGGCCCCUCUCAUUCUGCAGCAUUGAGUUGUUUUGAGGGUUCUUUGUGACAGAAGUCCAUGUGCAAUCUUGCUUAUUACAGGGCAGUAACCAUGUGUCACCUAAUCUUCCCAAUGUUUGGGAUGCUCUAAGUCUUAGGUGAGUUGUAGAUUUUUCCAAAGCAUUGGACAGACCUGUGUGUGGUGGAAGUCUGUGACCGGAGCAUGGUGGCUGUGGAGUGUUUGCUGCAGAUGAGCCGCACACACACUGCGCGAGUGUGCACUGAAGAUGAAGUGUCGUCAUGGUCUCUACAACCAUCUUUUAGGUUAAAAAGGUAAUACUGUUAUGCACAGGGGUGAAUUACAUUUCCCAGGCACUGGUUUAUCUCUGUGAAUCUUGAAUAACUUUUUAUAUUUGACAAAUUAUGCGAACUUUCCUAAGAGAAAUGAAUUCAGCUCACCAAGCCCCAUCGAUGAUGCCUCAUGUGUUAUUUGCACGAAGAGAACUGAAAGUGAGCACAACCAGGGAGCUAGCUGUGAAGUCAGCUCAUCAAGCUGAGGUCGGCAUAGGCAUUGCAUGACUGGUUGGUGUUUUGCAGAAUUAACCAAGAAUCACUGGCUACCGAAGUCAACUCGAUGUACUGAUUCUCUAAUACAUAACACUCAAUUUUUACCAUUUCUGUUUAGCAAACUUGUAUUACUUUUCUGUUCAGAUUAAAGAAGAUCAGAUGCCUCAUCAGCUCUGCCUGCUCUGUCGUGUUCAGUGUCCAGAUGCUGGGUAGUUGGUAGGCAGUUCCUGAAAAGCAGUGAACAUCCAGAAAGUGCUUUUAGCACUAAGUGUCUGUUUUUAAAAAGUUUUGUUCAAUGUGCUUUGAAGUGAAUGCAUGUCUUUUUUAGAAAAGCUAACAAAAUCUUCAGUGUAUCCCUCACAAGGAGGCCUUCAGGCAUGUCAGUCCUGAGAGAGAUUUGAAGGCAGCCAGAUGCAGAUUUUCAGAGUUCUGGGUUACAUAACCUUUCAUGAAAGAACUCUCUCCUGUCUCUGGAUCCCUUUUGUAAUGAAUUCCCGCCAUCACUCACUCCCAUCUGAGUCACAGAGGAGGGUCCUUCUAGAGGAUCCUGCACUGGAACUCACUGAGGACCUUGACCCACUGUGAGGAUAGCGGUGUCUGCAAGCGUGACUGACUACAACUCCUGUGCACACACACCUGUCACACUGCAUGGGGAAUGGGGGAUUGAACCAGACCCGCCCUCAGCAUUCUGCUAAGCGAGGGCCGCUGUGUGUUAUGUGUGAUGAGGAGAGGGUAAAAUGUAUCCAGGUUCCCCUCUACAGGGGUUAUCCUCAGCCCCAAAAAUAGUGUUUCCUUAUGUCAUUUUUAAACUUUUAAACUUGGGUUUUAAAACCAUAAUAUGUACCUAAAUAAGCAGAGUGAAUUUUCUUCUGCCAGAUGGACUUUCACAUUUUUUACCAUCCGAAGCUGUCUCCUUUUUUAACCUGUAUUAGGAAUAUUUUUUUCAUGAAGGAUUGAAAUGCUUUGAACAUGUCAUGUAAAUGUCACUUUAAAAAGAACUCUAAUACCAAAAAACUGGGGGAAAAAAUUCACUUCUGCUCCUUAAGGGAAACCAAUUUUAACUUUUCUUUGUGGGGGAUACAGCACUGGGGUUUGAACUCAGGGCCUCAGGCUUGCCAGGCAGGUGCUCUACCACCUGAGCCACACCCUCAGUCCCAGUUUUAAUUCUUAAUUGGGGUACUUCUUAUUUCAAAAACAAUAUGUCCUCAGCUAUUUCUUGGUUUAUCAGAUUUAGAUAUUCCCCACCACUGAUGUGCCUGCUGCCUUCUCCCCACAAAUCAUUUUUAAGACUUGGUAAGGAAGAAUUCCAAGAUGGCGGCUAGAGGUAGGAAGCAGAAAGCGAGCCUCCUAUAGUGAAAUCUUGGAGAGACGCUGGAGACACACU